UCUAACAAUCGGUGGGGUGCAGCUGGAGAAAUCCUUGACUCCGGUUGCCCCCCACCCUCCUGCGCUGUCGGUCACGCGCUCCCACGUGCACAUACACACGCUUGUGUAGCUCGAGCAUCACUGGAGGUGGCGUCAGCGGAGACGGUUGUUACGGAGGGUGACGGGGCUUUGACUUUGGCUGCUUCGUGCCGUCUUUCUGUAAGCGCGGAGCCGGAGGAUGGAGCAGGUGGAACCAAAGCAGUAAGCGGGGUCAGCUCAAGAGGAUGCGGACGGCAGGCAGGGGCUACCUAUAAACCAGGAGUAGAUGAUGCCUAUUUGCCGCAGGCCCCGCCAUCCUGAAAUUGUAUACCGACUUGCGGCGGAUGGGGUGACCGAGCUCCCUGCUCCGCCGGGGAGGUCCCUGCCUUCGGAGGUUACCGGGGUGGGAGCUGCCUGUGCCCCGUUCUGAGGAAGGGAAGGAGUGGCAGGAAAGAAAAUGCAGACGGAGGAGGAGACGGCCGCCGCGGAAGAGCCCAUUUUGGAGGAAGGGUCGGGAAGAGAGCAGCAGCGGCCAGUCCAACAGUCUCUGGCCUCUUCCCUUUGUCGGGAGUCCCACUGGAAGUGCCUCCUCCUGACCCUCCUCAUGUACGGCUGUUUUGCCACGCUGGCCUGGUGCGCUCUCUGUCGCGUACCCGUUCUGGGCUCCUCCUCCGUAUCUGCUGAUGGCACCUCGGCGGCCUAUUACAUCCAGCAAUGGGAAAGUCCGUGUUCUAGUGGUUAUGUGUACAUCCCACUGGCCUUCCUGGCCAUGCUGUAUGUCGUUUACCUGGUGGAGUGUUGGCACUGCUUCUCCAAGACGGCCAUGUUGGCUCAUGCUGAAUUCCAGGAAGUAUAUGAGCGUGUGCAGAGACUUCAGCAGGCCACACCCUGUAUUUGGUGGAAGGCCAUCAGCUAUCACUACGUGAGGAGGACCAGACAGGUGACAAGAUACCGCAAUGGAGAUGCAUACACGACCACACAGGUCUACCAUGAGCGGGUGAACACUCAUGCCUCAAGUUCUGAGUUUGACUACGCCCGCUAUGGUGUCAAAGACGUGUCAAAGGAGCUGUUGGACCUGCAGCAACACCCUGCUGUUCGCCUGCGUUUCACAAAGUGUUUCAGCUUUUCAAGUGCACGUGCUGAAGCUGCCUACCUCACCCAGCGAGCACGCUUCUUUGGGGAGAACGAGGGGCUUGAUGACUACAUGGAGGCCAGGGAGGGAAUGCACCUUAAAAACGUGGAUUUCCGCGAACACAUCCUAGCAUUCUCCGAUCCGGCUCACCAGCCGUGGUUCUCCAGGCACAAGGUGUUCUGGCUGGCUUCAGCUUUCCUCCUGUCGUGGCCGCUGCGAGUUGUGUCGGAAUACCGCACAGCGUAUGUCCACUACCAUGUGGAGAAGCUGUUCGGGGAGGACGAGGAUACCGUUGGGGGAGUCGGCGGAGGAGGGCCAGGUGGAGGUGGAAGAGGGGACGGGGUUGAAGGAGGGACUGAGAAUGGAAUCCACCCAGGAGGAAUUUCGAUUGGCAUUGGUCUGAAUGGGACAAGCUACAGAGCCAUCUCUCGUGUCAACACGGUGGACAUGACAGAAUUGGAGUGGCACAUUCGCUGUAACCAACAGAUGGUCCCGAGCUACUCUGAAGCCCUCCUUAUGGACUUAGACGCGAGUGGGGGGACAAACCCUACAGCCUCCACACCUAUCUCUGGGCCUCCAGGCAUCACUCCCAGCCAGGGGACCAACCCCCCUCCUCUGGCUUUGCCUGUGGUGUUCAACUCGGCUUACCUCCUUCAGAGCUGCCCCCGAUGCCGGCGGACCACAUCGAGUGCCAGUCUUCCGUCCAGGCUAAGGGCUUCAAUGGGAACCACCGCCCUCCUGAACGCUACAGUGGCAGGGAUCAGGGCAGCAGGGCAAGGAGGUGGGGGUAUGGGAGGGAGACUGGUGCUCAGUCGGAGCGGGUUCUCUCUCGGGAGACUUGGAGGCGGGCGCCAGAACAGCCUGUUUCAUUCAAGAAGCAUGGGGGGUGGGCUGGGAGGAAGUAGGGAAGAUGGAGGAGGAGGAGGAGGGGUAAGUGGCGGAGGGGGUGGAGGUGGUGGAGGAUUCCUUGGGUUAGGUUCAAGACAGAACAACGAGGAGACCAGAGGAGUGCUUGAAGGGGAAGGUGACGAUGACGAGGAAGAAGAGCAGGAGCAGAGGAGGAGGGAAGAUAGAGGAAGAGGAAGGAGAGAGAGGGAUGAGGAGGCAGAGCAAGACAACGCAGGGGGAGGAGAGGCGAGAGAGGGUGAGAGGGAUCGGCCUCCAUCCUAUCAGGAUGCGUUCUUCUUCCCCGUCCUCAUUAUACACGGCGAGGAGAGCUGCCAUGCCGGAGACGACAUGUGAUGAAGAGAAAAAUAAAAACACUGAGAGCGAGAAUGUACAGGCACAGGCUGAGGGAGAUGAAAGAAGAGAGGAAGGAUGCAUAGAGAGAAGAAAGGAUUCAGACAGAACAAAGUGAGAGAGGUAAGAAAGACAAAAUAGGAGAGAUGUAGGGAAAAGAGAAGAUACUGUCAGAGGAACUGGGAAAGCAAAUGGAGGAGAUAUGACAAAUACAGUGCAUACUGUAAAAAGUCAGUAAACCCACUAGAUCAGAAGAAAGAGAGCUGAUAGAGAGUGCAGCAGCGAGAUGAGAUAGAGCCUAAGAAAAUGAGCGAGGGCAAGAAAAUCUUUGCAAUUUUAGAUGUUAUGGUGACGGAUUGGAUAAUUUGGAAGACUGCAAAGUUAGGAAUGUCUAUCUUCAGAUAUAUCGGAGCAGGAGCAGGAGUGGGAGGGGUAACAAGUCUAAAGAUAGCAGCUUGGAGAGGCAGUGGAGAGACACCAAACCAGCUGAGAGGUAGUGGAGUUUGUUGUUGUCUAAUCUUUCUUUAACACAAAUGAAAGACUACAAAAGGGGAUUUAAAGAAUAAUAUAUAGAGAGAGGAACUGAGAAUCGGGCCAAAUUAAAGAAUCAAAAGUGGGAAUUGAUAAGAGGUUCUAAAUAAUUCAGAUGAGGGAAUAAAUAGAUCAUGUAAAAUACAGCGUAGUAAAGUAGAGCAAAAGACAUCAGCAUGCAAGAGAAGGGAGCAGGACAUGCAGGCUAAGAAGAAUCCAAAAUGGACACAGACCAGAUUACCCUAAAUCUCAUUUUUCUAUUUGACAGAUUCUUAAAAGCUAGAAAAUAAAUUAUCCAAAAGAUAAUCACAAAAGGAGGAGGGGGUAAAAGAUGUAGGACUGAUCGCAGACACAACAACCUCUGAACAACAAUCCUGACCUUGAAUCUAAUCAGGAAAUCCAAAUAUCAUUCGAACAGGUCCUCGUGAGAAAAUUCAGUCGGAUUCACCAUUAUGACCUCACACGGCACCUCUAACAGAAGGCAGUAACAAUAAAAGAGGAGAAGCAUUGAUUUCCUCCCCGUCUCGUCAUGCUGUAUUAUGUCUUAUUUCACCAUUAGCUUCCCCACCACUCUAUCCAUUACUGUUAUAGAGCUGAUAGAAAAAAAAAACUCCAUAAAAGUAGAGCAGUUGCUUCCUCUACUUCUCAGCGCUGCCCUGCCCGUCUUCUCCCCUCUGUCCAUUUUAUCACAUCUUCUUUCUAUUGUUAAAAAACUAGUGAGGGGCAUCAUAUAUUUGGAAGAAGCAAACGUUGCAUUAACACAGUGAACUCCCCCAUCCUCUCACCCCACUCCAUCCUUCUGCUCCUCCUUUUAUUUUUUUUGAAGCGGUUGAUAUAUGACACCCUUCUUGCUCCUGUAGGCGAUGAGAUCGCAUUUUCACAUAUCACAUCUCCCCGAGGCUGAGGUUUCCUCUCAGUGACCAUAUUUUAUAAACUGGAUUUUUCCCCCACUCGUGUAACGUUAUUGUGACCUUUAUGCCUGUGCAUUUGAAAGGGGAAAAAAGUGACUUUACAGAAAAAGUAAGAGCUGAAAGGUUUGCCACAGCAGGUUUGAUUCUCACAUGAGCUUUAAAUUUCCCCAGUGAUGCCAGUGUAGUUGUGCUAUAGUUUAACACAUUUGUUCCCAAAGAUAGGCCUGUAUGCUACGAAGAAAACGCAAUAACCCCAAAACCCUCCUCCAUAUCAAUAUACUAUGUAGUACUACAUGUGGUUAGGCAUGGAAAAUAACCUCUUUAUCUCAUUUAUGUCCAUAAGAUUGGACUGCAUGGGAAGUAACACUUACAGUAAGCAGCAAUCAGAGUUUUAAUUGCUUCCUUUUUUAUCGCACAGACAACAAAAUUGCGAAUGAGGAAAUACAGUAUGAGGUUAACUCCCACUAACGAUCUGUCAUUAUCAGCCCUGUGAAAGAACUGUGGCCCUAACUCUGCUACCUCCUACUCUCUGAGAAUCAUCUGCAAAUAAGAAACAGUGCUCUCUGAAAAACAUCGCCUCAGCAUAAAAUGUGUAAACGUUUGCUGGCAUAGAGAUGCAUGUUAGCUACUAAUAGCUGUGUAGCAAAUAUGGCUAUCGUUGCAAAACGCAGUGCCAAAAAGUAGCGAUCGAUGAACAAUCUGCACCGAUUCAGAUAUUUUAGACGUAUGUAGACAAGGGCAUGGAUAGCUGUGUCCUACUUCCUGAGUUGUCACGUCUCAGCCCAGGAGAGGCAAUCGGCACAGACAGUGAGACCUUCAGCGCUUUGAUGCUGAUACUUUCCAAAGCACACUAAACACGCUCAAGUAGUUCGAUGAACAUUUGUUGACCUUUCCUUCAUAGCGCCCUUCAGAGGUCACUCCAGCCACUAUCUGAUGUCGGAAGCUUCUCCCUUGUUCUCUCUCUCUGCUUCCUGUUCACAAGGGAAUGAAAAGCACACGGAAAGAGCCAAGUAAAGAGCCACGAGGCAGAAACAAUGCUGGAUCAACUUUGCGAGCGAUGGCAGUAAACGGACACGUUUACCACACGCAGACACGGAUGUGGAUCGAGCAGAGACAACGGGGAAAAGUUCUCUCAUUGCAACUUUCUCUUUCUGGAGAGAGAAAGUGGAGCAUGACUGCUGACCUGGUUUGGCGUAGGGGACACAUACAUGCGCGCACACUCUGACACACAUUCACACACACUGGAUCUUGUGUAGCUUUUGGGAGGGAAUCGGCGCAAGGAAGCUAACGGACAAAAUAAUGGGGGGGGGGGGAGAAAAACUGGCGAGGAGCCAAGAAGUGGAAAAAUGCUGAAAAUGUGAGAUUAAAAUGACAAUUAUUUUUACAUAAUCAGUCAUUAUCUCAGUCUCUUGACCUGUGGAUAAAACUGACUCCAUUAAUGUCCCUAAACAAAAAGAAGCACUGGAAAAAGCACCGAACACACUUCUGUGUUCAUUUAUUUGCAUAAUCGCAUUGUUCUCACUAAUUCUCGGACCCUGUUAUUUUGUUUAACUGUAAUAACGUGGCUACUGUUCAGUAUGUGUUUUUGAUCUUCGCGGUGAAAAGUAACGAGCUCUAACUGAAAAUCUGAAUCUGUCAGUUCAGUCAGUGAUUUGCUACUUUUAUAUCAUCUACAUUUGUAGACGUUUUUUCAGGUUGUUUAAGUGAUCCAGAUGCUUUUGUAAGCUUACACUUAUCUUUGCUGGUUUUUAUUAUUAUUAUUGUUAUUUUUGUAAAACUGACAAUGCUCCUGGCCCAGUGAGCUUGGGUUGAUGAGCCUCAAGUUGUGGUUUGGAUGCAGUUAUACUUGCUUACAAGUCUUAUUUGCUCAUUUGUUCAUCUUAAAUAAGUGUAUUACACUAAUACUUGUUGUUACUGGAUAUUUAUAUCAUGUUUUAGUAUCUCUGAGUGUGUCAAAAGUGUGUCAGCCACUUCAGGUGUGCCAAGAGAUCUUUGUGCCCAUGAUGUCUUACACAAACACACACACACUCACACUCGCGCUUGCAUGUUUAGUCACAGCAGUAAAGCUGCCAUUACAACAGCUUGUUUUAGACUAGAGUGGCAUUCAUCCCGAAACCCAUAAUCACCGCACACAUGCAGUCUCCAAACACAAACAUGCGCGCACGUACACACACACUGAAAGCAUGGAACUUUCCUGCUACGCUGCCUUUGUGUUGCCAACGUUUUCUGCUCAGGAUUUCAGUUAAUUGCUGCGUUCCUGGGACAACAAAAGCUUUUCUUCAUAAAUCCAUUAACAUGCCAAAGCAAAAAAAAGAAAAAAAAAGAGAAAACUUACAGAGAAUGCCUGCGCUUAUAUACAUGCACAUUAACAGCUCACACAGGUGGCUUCACCAGAUCCACACAAUGUGCAACAGUGUGAUCUGUGCUCGUGGACUGUGGGGCAGAAGCAAACAUUUACAUGAAGCGACUAAACUUCAUCAUCAACAUGCACAUUUUUGUUUCUUACAGAUGUUUGUUAAUUGUUUCAUAGCUGAGGUGCUGUUCACAUGUAAAUCCACCUAGAAUGUUUUUAAUACUUGGUGGUUUGCCUGAUUGAACCUGGCACGUGACUUUCGUCCACCAGAUGGCAGCAGAGCCUUAUAUAUAUGAAGGUUAAUGGGGAUAAACCACCAACAGCGACUCAGUGUAGAAAACAGCUGCUGUCCCAUGCUUUGUGGGUUUGAGACUUAAGCAUCUGUACACACCAGCUGGUGAUGUGAAACCAGGUGAUUUGUUUAGCUGCAGAUUUUCUUUUUUUAAAUUGAUUUAUUUAUUUUUAAAGCACAUGCUGUGACAUCACUGGUUGACAUCGCUUGUGUCUGAUCUGAUUGUGCUUUAAUCAUCUCAGCCUCUGCUGAUUUUAUUCUUUUCCUUUAACUGUGACUGAAUGUGUUGCCGAGCAGUAUUGCUCAUGCCCCUGCUUCUGGCUGGACUUGUAUGUGUUGCUAAGCAGCUUUCUGAACGUAUAACCACAAGCAGUGGGCGCUACAGUCAUCAAAAUGACGACACUAUUAGACAAAGACAUUUUUACAUUUUGUGACUUAGCUUCCAUUUCACCUACACAAACAACUCAUCGUCUGGCCGUUUUGCGCUGCACGACACAAAGCGACACGGAGGACGUUGGACUGUGUUCAACACUCCUCCUCCUAGAGCGGUCGAAUGCACGACGGUUUCCUUUCUCAUACACGCUUUUCUUUCUUCACUCGGACACAAAAUCCUGCUCUCAUUUUCCAUCGUUUCACCAACGUCACCACUUGAAUAUCUUAUAAAAUGCUCUAGCAAUUAUGACCGAUGUAUUGUUGUCAAUACUGUUACUGUUUUUCUCGUGGUCAUGGGGUGAGUCGAGUAGUCAUACCAAGUUUGUCAAACACUGUAAAAAAACAAUUUUAAAAAAAGUCUAGAAAUGGUUUGACUUGAAGUCACGUGGAUUCCAGCUGCAUGAUGAGCCUUCAUUUUCAUAAAUACCUUGCUGGCUAAACAAAUACAAAAGUGUGACCAGGUGUCACAAAUGGAUUUCUUUGACUCUGUACAUGUUGGACUGUCGAAAUGCAGCUGAAAUUGCUGCGUAUACAGACAAUAAUUGUAAUAUUUAUACAUACUAACAAGCAUUUUGACCUUUGACCUCACACACAUCAGCGUGAGUUGCAUUAGGUCUCCCUGAUAACAGCAAUUACAACAGCAAUGUUCUGUUCACGCUCUUUUGGGAAUGCGAAAAAGCAUACGUCUAACGAGCCCUGUGUCCGCGGUGAUACAGUAUCAGUGCCCUUUGUUUUUGCACUGCAAUAAAGAGCAGCUGUGUGUUGCUGAUGCAACAACGCGUCACCACCUUAAGGCAGUCUGUCUGCUGCUCCGACACGAAAGGCGAUAAUUAAUAGCACAAAAAUGGUGGUCGUGUUUAAAAGCUCAAACGCAUAUAAUCACAUCACUGUCGUCUCGCUGUAUUUACGUGUCGGUAAAACCUCCUCUGAAGUUUAAAGCAAUAUAUAAUUAUCCUGCAGAUACACAGUGUCUGGUUAAAGGCUAAUUGUAUGAGUGAGGUCACAUUAUAGUCAGGCUGCGUUUAAAAAUGUGUUAAUACGGGUUAAAGACGCAGUAAACGUCGACUGUGUCGCCUGACGUUAUUUAGUCCGCUUUGUCGCCAUGCGAAACUUUCCCGCUGCCCUGUUCGCAAGCUCUCUCGCUGUCUCGGCGCUAACUUCACAUUUCAGUUCACAUUUCCUUUCCUGCUGAAUAUUUCAUGCUGCUGGAUUGCGUGUGAUCGAAUGUCAAACAAACGGAUUGUCACCACAGUGUAGUUGUAAUGUACAUGCAGCCUCUAUGGGUUUGAAACAAUAAUGUCACAUACAGCGCAUUAUUGUCUUACACAGUGAUGUGUGAAGCCGAGACCGGGCUUUCUGUUCAAGCACCGUCGAGCAAAAUGUCCUCAGUAUUUAAGCUACUUACUAUGUAACUGAUAAUGAGAUUGUCAAUAUCACAGCAGAUUAAAGCGUUUGUCACUGGCCUGUUUAAGAUAAUGUAAUUUCCUUAUUUGAGCGGAUGGUGACUGUGAAGGUAAUAGAGACGGCGGCAAUAACACUGUUAACUGAUGCGAUCCCGGUGAUGAUUAAUGAUGAUUAAUUACAAUGGAAGUUGGAAGUUACAAAUAAAGUCAAUC